CAAUAUAUGACUUCGGAUGUCAAGCUGGCGCUUAAGCCGCGUUUGAAAUCCCUCUUUCAAACCUCAUUUGGACAUUCUACAAUUAACAUUUGAUGAACAUUAAAAGCUGCAAUUGUUAACUCUAGAGAUCCCCAUUCUCUUAGAGGGACUUGACUUAUACUAGUUUUCUGGCCGCUAGCUUACUACGGCAGUGUUAACUGCAGCUGUUUUGUAUUGUAGUAAUAAAGGGGACUAUUUAAAUAAUGUCUGGACCGAAUGGGGAUCCAAACAUCUCUGCUGAUGGUGGGAUUAUCGACGAAAACGACGAUGAAUUUGGCGACGAGGAGUACACUGCAAUAAACUCCAUGCUAGAUCAGAUCAACUCAUAUCUAGACGACAUAGAAGAUCGCAAUGAUUCACUCAAUGGAAAACUGGUGGAACUGCUGGAGUCAAAUCGGCAAGCCCGUCUGGAAUUCAGAGCCCAGCUGGUUGGGCCCCCAAACCAGGAGGAGCAGCUGCAUCAUCCUGCGGAGGAGACAUCCUCCUCCUCACCCAACAAGGAAGACCUAAAUGAGGAAAACGGGGGCUCACAAAAUUAGUGACAAAACAUCUGGACUUCAGUGUUUUGUAUAGGCAGGGAAGGAAAUAUGCAAGACUAGUGAUUCAGCUCUGAAUCUUUGUUGGACUAGUCACCCUUGAUACCAUAGCGUAUGCCAGUCUCUUUUAUGAAUUAAUGUCCCCAUUACAUUUUCUAUAAACUAUGUCCAGUUUUGCUCUUUUGAACGUUUGACAUGCUAACAUUUUCCUGACCAGGUUGGCAUUAACUGAUCUAUACAUCAGCUAUACAAGUUGCAUAUCACAACACUGUAUUAUAGAUGUAAAAUACCCCAAGUCAAAUGUGUUGCGGUGUGAAAGGCUAUGUCUCUAGAUCAAGAUUCUCAUCACACCUUAGACUUGGACAGAUAUUUUUGCAAAUGAAGUAGGGGUACAAGAUAAAAGUGGUUGAAUAAAUCCCCAUUAAAGAGAGGGAAAUAAUGACAUGUGUUUCUGGUGUUAAUGUUACGACACAUAUGUCUUCAACAUUUACUCUGUAAUAAUUGUGGUAUAACAACUGUAUGUUAUUCCAGAGGAUAGAAAUACAUCAUUCUAGAUGUCAGUGUGUUGAAUUGUCUGACCUUUCUGCAUGACUGUCAAAAACAUAUCGUUCUGUGUGGUUCAUGUUUAUGAUCUUGUUUAGUACAAGUGAUUAUGUUUGGAGAGUGUCUGUGUAUGUCUAAUGUAAGCCAUGAAAAAAUCAAAAAGGCAGGGAAUUUGUCAGACAUUUUAAUAUAAAUUAAGAUUACUCCCAAACAGAAAACAAACAUUCAAAAAUACAUUUAACUUCCAGCAGCUAGAAAACACCUGGGUUUUUUCCCCAUCUCAUUUUGUCAGUAGCAGAAUAAAAAUACAAUAAGAAAA